CGCAGCCUCGCGUCCGUAUCAAUCGCGCGCGAGAGCCGCCUCCUCGCUGACGACGCUGCGCUACCAGCUCUCGGCUCGCCGUCGUCCCUCGAUCGGCGCCUGACUCUUCUCUCCAGCUCUUCCGUUCUGUUCUGUGUGCUUUUGUUCUGUUCUGUUUUGUGCAGUGCUUCGGCGUUCCCCUCUUGUCCGCGACCUCUAUAAUGUGUGCAGUUCCAGCAUCCAUCUCAGGCAUGUAAUAUAGGUGCGCGCAAAGCCUCCGCGAGGAUUUCAGGAUUGAGUUCUUCUUUCCUUUGGCUGUGCGUGCCGUGCCGUGCCGCGCCGUGCCGUGCCGUGCCGUGCCGUUCCGAUCCGUGCUGAAACCCCCUCCCCCAGUGGUGCCGCGCGCGGAACGAACAGGUGGCUCCCGAAAACUGAAAACUAACGAGGACAAAAGGUGGGUUGGCACUGCUGCUCCCUGGUAAUUCGAUCAGCACGUAGCUUACAGACCUGUUGGCUGGGAUUGAAUUAAGAGAUUCGACUCCUCGACCCCCUCCCCUCCUGAGAGGGACUUGGCGUAACUUUCAGAGAGGAGUUUCACUAGCGGUGAUGCUGGGGGCAGGCUGCGGAGAAGGUUAGCUGCUCGGCUACAGCGACAGCAACUCUGACACGACGGAAGUGGCGACGCGCGCGAAAAUCGUCGCCGCAGGCCGACAAGCCAGCCAGCGGUAGUAGUGGCGUACCGGCAGAGGUACUAUGGGAGCGGGGCUAUGGAGGGCGGAGGAGGGCCUCAGCAACAGCAGCAGCUUCGAGGCAAGCGCACCUCUCCGCGGCCCAAGAGCAGCAGCCGCCGGCGACGAGACUCGCAUGCCCUAGGCCAGCAUGGUCGUUCGCACUGCUGCUGUCCACGACCAUGCCAGCAGCAUUACCUCCGGAGCGAGCUGGAGGAGCAAUGGUCAACGGCAAGGUCGUGGCUCGCGUCAACGGGUCAGCCAACUUGCAGUGGAUGGCGGCCACGGGACGAACGUGACGAGCCAACUACGACGGAUGAUCACCGUAGCGGCGAGUAUCGCGGCGAUGAUAACGGAGAGCCGGGUAUGAGGCCGUGGCUACUUGGGCGCCUCGUCGGAUGGAGGCGGCACCGGCCACGAUGGACCCACGGCUCCAGAGACUUUCGACGAGCCAUCGAGAUUGUUCUACUCGGACUUUUACUGAUCGUCUCGCCGGGCUUGUGCAAUCACCAGGACGCGGUGCACAUAACGGCGAUCCUGGGCGAGAGCGUGGUGUUCAACUGCCACGUAGAGUUUCCGGAUCAGCACGCGGUGCCGUACGUGCUGCAGUGGGAGAAGAAGCGAGGGCCAAACCUCAGGCCAAGGGCGCGCUCCUGGUGCCGGCCGACUCGCCACUCGCACGACUUCUGCCGGCCUCUGUUCAAGCUGCCAGCCAGCCCAGUCGACUCAAGCCCAUUAACACACUGCAGCAACACGAACACGACCGAGGAUUCUUGGCUGAACAUUUUCAAUACUCAUAUUCUGAUUUAUAGUGAAAUGGCGAUGUCGGUCGGUCACCAGUCAGCUGUAAUGUGGGGGCAGGAGAUACCAAUUUAUAUAUGGUACGAGUCAUACCCGACCCAUAGUGGAGAGGGCUACGAGGGCCGCGUCUCCAAGGUCAGCUCCAACUCCAACUUUGGCGUGGCUAGUCUGAAUCUGACCAACAUACAGGAAAGCGAUCAGGGAUGGUACGAAUGCAAAGUCGUGUUCCUGAAUCGGUCGCCCAACAAUAACAAGAAUGGUACCUGGUUUCACCUCGACGUUCACGCGCCGCCUAGAUUUACAAUAACCCCGGAGGAGAUGAUAUACGUGAACCUCGGCGACGCGAUAAUCCUCAACUGCCAAGCGGAGGGCACGCCCACGCCAGAAAUCCUCUGGUACAAGGAUGCCAACCCUGUUGAACCGUCGUCCACGAUAAGGAUCAUGAACGACGGUACUGAACUCAGGAUCUCCAUGAUCAAGACCGAGGACAUCGGCGACUACACUUGCAUCGCGCGCAACGGAGAGGGUCAGAUUAGUCAUACGGCUCGAGUCAUUAUUGCAGGUGGAGCGGUGAUAACGUCGCCACCGGAAAACUCGACGAAACUGGAGGGCGAGAAAGUGACGUUCCAGUGCGAGGCGAAGGCGAUGCCAGGCAACGUGACGGUCCGUUGGUACCGCGAGGGGUCGCUCAUUUCCGAGGUCUCGGAACUCGACACGCGCGCUUCCAUCAAGAUGGACGGUAGCCUCGUGAUCAACCCCGUCAGUGCCGACGAUACUGGCACCUACCUGUGCGAGGUCACUAAUGGUAUCGGGGAGGCUCAGACUGCCAGCGCUUUCCUCAACGUCGAGUAUCCGGCGAAGGUGUCGUUCAAUCCCACGGUGCAAUAUCUGCCAUUCCGGAUGGCUGGCGUCGUGCACUGCUACAUCAAGGCAAAUCCGCCGUUACAAUACGUCACGUGGACGAAGGACAAACGGCUCCUGGAGCCGUACCACGUGAAGGAUAUAGUGGUGAUGACGAAUGGCUCGCUGCUGUUUACACGCGUGAACGAGAGCCACCAGGGCAAAUAUACCUGCACACCGUAUAACGCCCACGGCACCCAAGGCAGCUCCGGACACAUGGAGGUGCUCGUGCGUAAUCCGCCCUCCUUCACGGUCGAGCCCUUGCCAAUGUACCAGCGCAAGGUCGGCGAGACCGUCGAGAUGCACUGCGACGCGCAGGAAGCCAAGGACACGCAAAAACCGGUCAUCACCUGGCAGAGAAAAGACGGGGAUGCGCUGCCGAAGGGUCGCGCGAAAAUUAUCGGGGGCAACCUGACGAUCGACAGUCUUCGGGGACAGGACUUCGGAGGCUACGAGUGCGUGGCCGCCAACGAAGUGGCCGUAAUUGUCAAGUCCACGCAGCUUAUCGUCGAAGGUACCCAGCCGCACGCGCCGCACAACCUCACCGGUGUUGCCGAUGAGUUUUCCGUCACGCUAUCCUGGCUGCCUGGCUACUCGGGCGGGCCCGACUACAAACAGGAUUACACGAUCUGGUAUCGCGAAGAAGGAGCUCAAGAUUGGAAGACCAUUCCAGUAACACCUUCUGGAAGUACAACUGUUACUAUAAGCAGGUUAAAAUCAGGCACCAACCAUGAAUUUCGAGUCGUUGGUAAAAAUGCUCUCGGAGAAGGAAUGUUCAGUAAUGUCAUCACCGUGAAAACUCUAGACGUGGGAUUACAAAAGUCAGUAACUCCUUCUUCAAAUUCUCGGAAUCAGCAGCCAGCUACAGCAGACCAAAGUGGUGGUGGGCUAGAGUUACCUUUGAAGGAGAAAGUUACCCCCGAUGACAGGCCGAGACCAGGACCGCCAAGAAAUGUGUCUGUGACCGAGCUGAGCAAUGGGUUUCUCAUAUCUUGGAUGCCUCCUGCUGAGAAAAGCCAUCUUGUUAAAUUUUACACUAUAAACUUCAAAACGGAUGGAGCUUGGAAGACCCUUAACAAAGGUCAAAUCCGACCUGAAGACACUAGUUAUCUAAUGAAAAAUCUCGUUGGAGGCAGAACUUACUAUUUCGUAGUCUUUGCCAAUUCGACCGACAGUGCUGGAGUGAGUGAUCAAAUAAAAUACUCUGUACCAGCGCGCGUCAAACACAAGGCCAUAACAGCUGGAGUUGUUGGGGGAAUUCUUUUCUUCAUCGUCGCGAUUAUUCUCAGUAUUUGUGCUGUUAAGAUUUGCAAUAAAAGAAAACGACGGAAACAAGAAAAAGAACUGCUUUCAGCGUAUAACAUGGUGGCCUGCCGGGUAACAGACUCACGAAACGGGCAGGGGCCCCAAGGAACAGUGCCUUUGAAAAAAUCUAGAAAAAGCCGAAUACCAGGUGUGAACUUGCUGCGCAAGAUCGUGAGCCCGUCGAGCCCGGAGCUCGGGGGCCGGCGCUGCCGGCCCCUGGGCAAGAUCUCGCGGGCGGCGGACGGGCGCUUCGUCAUCGCCGACUCGGUGCUGUCCUCGGCGGACAACAGCAUCCUCGACGCCUCGAGCAGCGACGACGGCGGCUUCCUGCCCAGCCAGCAGCAGCACAAGUCCUCGUGGCGGCGGCCCCUCGUGGGCACCAGCCAACUGAGCCUGCGCUCCGAGUGCAGCGGCUUCUCCGUGGGCCGGCCGCCCGUCGGCGCCGCGCUCGCGCCGCUGAGCCCGCCCGUGCACCCGCUGGAGGCGCGCGCCGGCCACUGCCACGCGGCCGACGGGCCGAUCUGCGCCAUCAGCUCGGCCCGCUUCCUGGCCUCGUCGCCGGCCUGCGCGGCGGGCCUGCGCCCGGCCGGCGCCGCCGCGGGCGCCUACCUCAGCCCCGACCUGAGCUCCGUGCGCCCCGGCGAGGGCUCCUCCUGCCUGCACAGCCCGCGCCCCGCCGCGGCCCCUUACCUGCAGCUGCGCAACGUGCACCAGCGCUACAGCCAGGAGCUGCCCUCGCUCAAGGCCAUCCACGCGGAGAGCCAGCGCUUCGUGCCCGUGCAGCCGCUGGCCACCUCCUCGCCGCCGCAGGGCGGCCCGGGGCGGCCGCGCGCGCGCCUGCCCCCGCGGCACGCGCGCCACGCGCGCUCCGCGCCCGAGCUGGCCGAGGCCGAGGCGGCGGGCUGCGGCGCGCCCUCGCCCGAGCCGCCGCCCGAGGCCUCGCCCGAGAGCCGCAGCUCCAGCUCGGGCUUCGGCAGCAAGAACACCAGCCAGCAGAACCAGAGCUCGCGCAGCGGCAGCACCGUGGCCGAGUGGCGGCCGCCGCCCUACCGGCCGCCGCCGCCGCCGCUCUCGGUCGGCCGCUGGCUCGAGCUGCAGCUCGGCCCGCACCAGCAGCGCCAGCUCGCGCAGCUCAAGCCGGCGGCGCUGCACCAGCGGCUCGGCGGCCUGCUGCUCCAGCCGCCCGCGGCGCCGCACCAGGGCCUCGACGCCGGCAGCGUCGACGGCCACUACGAGUUCGACCCGGCCUCCUGCACGCCCACGCCCACCUCCGCCUCGACGCCGACGCGCGAGGAGCGCCCGCCGCAGCACCAGAUGCCGCCGGCCAUCCACCUGCACACGCCCGCCACGGCGCGCCGCCAGCAGCCGCCGGCGCAGCAGCCGCAGGCGCGCUGCUCGCGCGACCACAUCGAGGCGCGCGUGCAGGCCAUGAAGGCCGAGUUCCACCAGUUCCGCCAGCGCCAGGCCCGCCGCCGGCAGAGCGCCCACCUCGAGAGCGCCUGCUGACCCCCGCCGCCGCCGCCGCCCCGGCUGGCCGUACUCCAAAGAUACUCGUCACCGGCACUCGCGUGCUCGCGCCGCCCUUAAAUCUAAGUAGCAAGUUACUUGUCUAGGAGAGAGCAAAUGCACUCGGACGCUCGGACGCUCGGACGCUCGGACGCCCUAUCGGCCAUCCGUAAUAAUAAUGAGCAAUGCACUUGAAACGUGAUAUUAGGCCGAAGCUUGCCUCGAGAUUGCUUAAGGACUCACUCGUACUGCACUGCCUGUUUAGGGUUUCACUAGCGACCCAACCUAUUAUCGGCACAAUAAUUUUUCUUAAGCAAUGUAAGACGAAGAAACACUUAAGUGUCCAGCGACGUCGAUACGCGUAUUGCGGCAGGUUCUCGUUCCGCGCGUCGCGAGGAGAGCUUGCGCCGACAAAAAUAUAAGGACAGAGAGACGACACGCACGCCCACGCUCACGAGGUCAAUUUCUCAUCUACAAAUUAUACGCGAGGAGAGUGAGAUUUAUAAGACGACACGCGCUUUUAUGGGAAUACACAAGGAGAAUAAAAUAAAAUAAUGUACCGCACGAGUGUUUCUGAGAGACUGCAGUAUGCAACAAUUAUUGCGAUCUGCCGGGGAGAUCUUUCGUUUAUUUAUAUUACUUUUUAUAGUACAAAUCUUUUAUUUAUAUGAUUAAGCUGAUACCUUUGAUAGAUCAUUAGUACAAUUAUUGCAUUAGCGAAAGCUCGAAUCACGAUUCAACUAUACACUUCGAAGGUGGAAAAACGCUCGGAUAUGAACACAAUUUGGAGAUAACAUUGUAAAGUGACGAGGGCUUGCAUUCACAUAAGCGAGUAUCAAACGAUGCCUGGAUGAGCGAAUCAAGCGUGAAAAGCAAUUAUAGUGCGAGCGAAUGUGUGUGCGAGAGAAAGAGAGAACGGAAGUACAUUAUUAAUUAUCAGCUGAUACAGUGAGUACCAAUAUUCUAAAAUAAUUCUAAUGAGUGAAUUAAUAAUUUGAUAAUUGUAAAUCAUAACGAUGUAGAGAGUAGGUAUGUAUAUUAUUAAUCGACAUUGGACAUAUGAAACUCUAAAAAAAUUGACGACAAACGCGUAUUUGUAAUUAAAAGCGCAAAAUUGCCCGUUGCUGUUGUAUUAUAUUGCUGAUAAAGAAAAGUAUUAAUUACGAAGUGAGUCCAAAUUUGAAUGUUGAGUUUGAUCUGGUUAGAGUUACCAGAGUAUUUUAAGCGAACAAAGGAAAAGCAGAAUAUAAAGGCCCUUCUCUUAUCUGGUUUCGAUAAGCAGGACUUUCAUUUCUAUGUUUCUUUAUAAAGAAAUGCGAGGCGGAAGUACAUCGCCACGAGUCGCGAGCAGAACAGCAGUGCGGAGAAUCGCGCGUCGACGAAAUAACACGAAAGAUUCAGUGAUCCUCACUUCAAGAUCAAAGCGAUCGCAAUUCCAUUUCCCUUCGUUGUAGCUUGCAGAUCGAACUCAAUCAAGAGAAGCAAUGUAGUGACAGCGACGAUUCUCGAGUCAGAAAUUUUUCUCUCACUUUGUAUUAAUAAGCGAGUAAGCGUACGUAAAUUAAGAUUGUAGAUAUAUCAUAGUUAGAUACAACGAUCUCAAAGAUGACGCGCGUGUUUCGCUACAGAAUUUUAAAAAAAUUAAUGAAAAAAAAUAUAUAAAUAUAUUAUAUAUACAAAAAAUUAUUGGUCACCGUAUAAGCAUAUUAUUCAUACUCACACUGACAGCACGUAAAAGCAAAUGCAUUAAAAGUAUCGCGUAUAUAAGGAAAAAUACCGACUAUAUGGUUGAAUCGUGAAGAUGUUGUGACGAUUAUUGUUAACGACGUACCCUCGUUUUACAUCAGUUUCCUAUAAUAAUUUUCGUGCACCUCGACGUACAGUUGAUUAUGCGCCCAUCAUAGAUGAUUCUUUUCACUAUUUCCUUUUGUAUUAUUACGAAUAUUGUUUUUCUUUUUUAUUAUUAUGCAUAUUGGUAUUUGUACAAAAAUUUAUUACGAAUAUGAUGUAAGAUCGGUUGUGUAAGAAAUUCAUAUUGUAGAUUUUUCGAAGACGGCCAUUCAGCCGAAUAUUUUCAAACGGUAUUCAAAUUACAAAUUUAUCACCAGUGCUAUUGCGCCGAUAUUGAAUUGCGCUUCUGCAGGAUGAUACUUACUAUUUCAUAUUAGAAUAUUAGAAUGCGGUGUGCGAAUAAGAUCAAGUCCAAGUGAUUCGAUCGUCAUUGUAGCGUUAAUUGUUAUCAAAGUUUUAUGAAAAAAUUGCUUGUAAUAAAUUCGGUUUAAAUGUUCAAACGAAAGAUUGCCGACGGAUUGAACAUUUUUGCAAUUUUCCACUUUUCUAAAAGCUUAGCAAUACCUGGAAUAUAAUUUUCUCUUUAUCCAAAUGAAAUGCUAAUAGAAAUUUCUUACACAAACGGUUUUCGAAUUAUCUGAGUUGCAGCAUAUUUCAUUCGAUGAAACACGAGCACAUGUAUACAUGCACACGCAUAUAGAUAUUUCGCUAACCACGUAUAAAAGAAACUAUAAUAAUAAUACGCGCGAUGGCCGUCUUGCCAAUGGGUCUAGUCGUCGUGAAGCUGUGACGCGCGACUGCAUACAAGCGAAGAAACAAAGAAGCGAGCAAAGCAGCCCGACCGCAAAAAAAAUUUCGCACUUUUUUAACGUGUCAAGUUCGCAUGUUUAAUAGACGAAACCCUUGAUGAGAACGAAAGAUUGUUUUCUAUACGAGGACUAUUGCUUGUUUACAUGAUAUUUGCGGAAAGAAUGAAAUAGUAUUAAUAAGUAUAUAUAAGUAGGCCGAAGACUUUCGUAGAGUUACGAGAGACUGCGUGCGAAAAUAAGCGAACCGUGACUCUCUCCUUGGAAGAAAUAAGAAGAAUUGACCAAUUGAAAAACUGAAGCUGCAUUGUGCGUCACUGCGCCACACGACUUACCGCGAAAUUAUGAGUAAGAUUUUAUGAACGGUUCUAUAUAAUGUGCGAAGAAUGUUAUCGAAAAUAAACAUCGUGCGCUAGCACUUCUUAGAAUCUUUUUGUGAAUCAAGUGCGUUUAUUUGAGCGCCACUGCCGACUGUAUAAAGACAAAAAAUACGAGAUUGUGGAAGUGUCGUCGUAUAUGAAACUGCUGAACUUGCCCAUUGAGUACAACUUUAGUUUUAGUUAGUUUAUUAUAGCGUUUAUUAUUUUUUAAUAUAUUUUUUAUUAUACGUAUUACGCCCGUUUGCCUAAUGUACACGAAUAUUAUAAGCACAUGUAAAGUGACUCAUCUUUGUAACAGUAACUUCGAAUCUCGUUGAUUUCCUCGCUCAAAUACGCAUCAAACUUUUUGCAUAAGUUUCCCUGUAUUAUGCCGUACAACCCAUCGAUUACGAACCUAUAACGUAAUUAUUGUUGUGACAAAUUUUCGCAAAGCCCUGUGCAUUGUCAUAUUUGCAACACGUUUCUCAUUAUGUCUUAUUGUUUUAACCAAAUUGUAAAACUCAUACGAAUAUGUAUCCUCCGUUACAACUCGUUACUCGUUUCGUCUAUCAUAUUUUCCUCGGGAUGAAAUCGAAUGAAUAUAGUUGCCCCGUUAUUGUCGACUAUGCUUUCUCGCUACUCCGAGAACCCCAAGACGUACUAACUUAGAACGAAUUGUAGACGAUUUAUUAUUAAAUAAAAUUAAAAGGAGAA